AAAUAGUUGAUGUGAUGGAUGUGCCCGGUAUCGAUCAAUGAAACAUCGGCUCGACGCAGGAUUUCAAUAGAACGAAAAACCUCGUAAGUAGUAGUAAUUGAAAGCCCUGGGACUGCAACCGGAACUACCCGAUCCGCUGAAAUAUGAUACGAAGGAAGAAAGCUCAAUACAGGUUCGAAGCUUCAAACAGAGCCAGCGAAUCCACGCAUGGACAGAUCGAGGUAGCAACACCACUUUAGGAGAUUAAACAAAUGUUCAGUGCUCUAGUGAGGAUUGAAGUUCUAAAUAAAGAAAUUGGCUUUUGAUAGGCUGGAAUCGGAUCAUUGUGCAAUGUUAUGUUUUUCAAUCCAAAACUGAUUCGUUUCGUUGGUAGAACCCACGCCAACUCUUUUCUCUAAAUAAUAGAGAGAUCUUUUGAUAGAAGUUUGACUUCUAUCAAUGCAAUGAAAGAACUAUCCCUUCCUAUUUGUUUGUCCUAAUGAGACAAAAAAGAGCCUCCUUCUUUACCACUUUAGGGGAUGGGGGUGAAGGGGGGUUUACAUACAACCGGGGCAAAGUGGUUUAUGAUUGAAUCUCAGAGGCAUUCUUAUCAUUUGGUAGAUCCAAGUCCAUGGCCUAUUUCGGGUUCACUCGGAGCUUUGGCAACCACCAUAGGAGGUGUGAUGUACAUGCACUCAUUUCAAGGGGGUGCAACACUUCUCAGUUUGGGCCUAAUAUUUCUCCUUUAUACCAUGUCCGUAUGGUGGCGGGAUGUUCUACGUGAAUCCACGUUGGAAGGGCAUCAUACAAAAGCUGUACAAUUAGGACCUCGAUAUGGUUCUAUUCUCUUCAUAGUCUCGGAGGUUAUGCUCCUUUUUGCUUUUUUUUGGGCUUCUUCUCAUUCUUCUUUGGCACCUACGGUAGAGAUCGGAGGUAUUUGGCCCCCAAAAUGGAUUGGGGUUUUAGAUCCUUGGGAAAUCCCUCUUCUUAAUACCCCUAUUCUCCCUUCAUCCGGAGCUGCCGUAACUUGGGCUCAUCAUGCUAUACUCGCGGGGAAGGAAGAACGAGCAGUUUACGCUUUAGUAGCAACCGUUUCACUGGCUCUAGUAUCCACUGGCUUUCAAGGAAUGGAAUAUUACCAAGCACCCUCCACUAUUUCGGAUAGUAUUUAUGGUUCUACCUUUUUAUUAGCAACUGGCUUUCAUGGUUUUCAUGUGAUUAUAGGUACUCUUUUCUUGAUCGUAUGUGGUAUUCGCCAAUAUCUUGGUCAGAUGACCAAGAAGCAUCACGUUGGCUUUGAAGCAGCUGCAUGGUACUGGCAUUUUGUAGACGUGGUUCGGUUAUUCCCAUUUGUCUCUAUCUAUUGGUGGGGAGGUAUAUGAAAGAAGGGAACGAAUAAGUGGAUUGAGGAAUAAAAGCUCGAAGACAAAGAGAACUUCU